ACAGGUAGAAUUUUCGAACGUACCCCAGAAUGUUUGAAGUCACAUACACACACGUACAUAGAUUUAAAUUUCAAUCAUAUGAUCAAAAAUGGCUCUAUCCAUGUCGAGAAAUAACCUUUUUUCGAGGGAUAUUGUACUGUGAUAAAAUCCUGUAAAAAUGUUAAACAUUAUAUCGCGAUGUUGCAACUAUCGUGUAAAAUAUUUCGCAGAAUUAUGCCGAUUAUAUAGUACGAAAACAGAUAAAUUGAAAAACAAUCAACAAAUUCACGAUCUAAUUGGUCCGCCUGAUCCAGUUUCAAACCUGAGACCUAUUAUAUUUGCUCGCUCAGCGAAAGAAACUUAUUUCGAGAAGAGAUAUAUAGAUCUCAGGGAAAAGACUCAAGAAUGGAAUCAAGAAUUCUGGUUCAAACAUAAUACUAAUUUCAGUGAGGAACGUAAACGAUUUCAAGAGUUGUUGAGAGCACAAGGAAAGACAGAAAUAACUGCAGAUGACAUGUCAGUAUUUUAUAAGCAAUUCCUAGAUAAAAAUCGGCAGUCUCAUUUCAAUUAUAAUGUAUCAUGGUAUAAAAGAAAUAUAAAAAUUUUAUUUUAUGGUAUAGCAGCAAAAAUAUCUAAAUUAAGAAUUAAAUAAAUUUUUAUAAUUAGAUAAAUAACACACAUUUAUAUAUAACUAAACACUUAUGUAUUAAAUGUUGAAACUCUAAAUAAACAAUUGUUACAGAAAUUUGCUACAAUCUUUCUCUCUUUUUUUAACCUGUAUUAUAUUAUUAUCUAUAUUUAUAGUCUAUAUUAGUGUACUAUACAUAGUUUUAUGUAUUUUAUAGUUAUUAUAUAAAGCAAGAGUAUAUAACAAGAUACUAGAUUGUUAUAUGACAUUAUUAGAUAUUAGUAAAAAUAUGAGUUAGUACUUUAAUAUAGACUAUAAAUAUAAAUUAUAAUAUACA